AUGAGGUUUUGUUUUCUCUUCUGUGUUUUCUGUCUAAUUGUCCCCAUGAGCCUCAGUCAGCAGCCGGGUCCCCCUGGUGAGAAAGGUGACAGAGGAUUUCCUGGACCACCUGGAGCACCUGGAGCACCGGGAUUUCAGGGAGAAAAUGGACUUCCUGGAUUUCCUGGACCACCAGGAGUAGAAGGACGUGAUGGAGCAACGGGGAGUCCUGGAUUUACGGGACCGAAAGGAGAUCCUGGAUUUCCUGGACCAAUGGGGCCACCUGGAAUUGUUGGACCAUCUGGAAAACCUGGAAAACCUGGAAAACCUGGACCCGUCGCCAUGUGUGGACGAGAGCUCUUUAAUUCUUUCACACGGGAUGUUGAAGGACUGAUGAAGAUCGCCGCUAAGCUGGACCUUGCUUUAACCUUUGACUUUGUGAGGAAGGCGGGUCAGAAAUACUUUGUGUCCAACAAGGAGAGAGGAUCUUUCCAGAAGGCUGCAGAUUUCUGCCAGCAACGAGACUUGGAGCUGGCUCUGCCCCAGAGUGAGGAGGAGAACCACAUGCUGCUUCAGCUGAUGGGUCAAGAUGAGAAAAGAGUCUGGAUCAACAUCAACAUGAGAAAAGCAGAAGGGAACUUCCAGUCCGACAUGAAAAAUCGACCUCUGACCUUUACCAAAUGGGGAGAAAGACAGCCGGAUCAAAGUAUUCAGGACAUCGGCUGCAGCAUGGCGGCUGAGGACGGCACCUGGAGAGUGACACCAGACUGUUCUCUGGACGCUGACAUCAUCUGUCAGCUGUAGAAAGAUCAUCCACCAGGCAGCUUCCUGAGUAAUCUCAUAUAUGACUUUUGCUAACCUUUGUA